AUGGCGGCCCUGGGGGACGAGGUGCUGGACGGUUACGUGUUCCCGGCGUGCCCCCCCUACCCGUACCCCUACCCCUACCCCUACCCGUCGGCCGCCAAGGGCAAGGGCGCGGCGGACCGGGGCUGCCCUCCCGCCUCGUCGUCGUCCUCUGCCGCGGGGGCGACCGCGGCGUCCUUCCCGGGCUUCGGGCAGCAGGCGGCCGCCAAGCUCUUCGACAGCUACCAGCGAGCGCAGCUCAUGGCCCUCCUGUCGCAGGUGAGCCCGAGCCCGGGCCCCCGCAGGGCCGGCAGCCGCGACGCGGCGGUGCAGGUGAACCCGCGCAGCGACGCCGCGGUGCAGUGCUCGCUGGGGCGCCGCACCCUGCGCAGGGCGGGCGACCCGGGCGUCCCGACCGGCCCCGGCCCCGCCGAGGGCGCGACAGGCGGCGGCCCGCAGCCCGUGCGCUUCCCGCGCACCGUCGCCGUGUACUCGUCCGCGGCCCCCCGCCGUCCCGCCGCAGUCCCCGAGGCCGCCGAGGCCGGGGCGGGCGAGCAGAGGCCUGGGGCGGCGGCGGCGGAGCGAGGGUCGCCGCCUGCGAGGGCGCAGGGCCCGGGGCAGGGACAGGCGUCGGCGAGGAAGGCGCCCCCGCGGCCCGAGGACCACGACGCGACCCGGGCGGCGGCGCGGGAGGCCGAGGUGGGCGAGGCGGCUCCGCUGUCACCGCCGAGGAGCCCGGCACGGCCCCCGCCGGCGGGGAGGGCCCCGGACGGCAGCGACGGCGGCGGGGACGGAAGGGACGGCGGGGAGACGGUCGCCACCGCAGAGAGGUCGUCGCUGAAGAGCCCCGAGCAGGGCAAGGAGCGCUUGCGAUUCCAGUUCUUAGAACAGAAAUACGGCUAUUACCACUGCAAGGACUGCAACAUCCGAUGGGAGAGCGCUUACGUGUGGUGUGUACAGGGCACUAACAAGGUUUACUUCAAACAGUUCUGCAGAACUUGUCCGAAGUCUUACAACCCUUACCGAGUGGAGGAUAUCACCUGUCAAAGUUGUAAACAAACUAGAUGUUCCUGCCCAGUAAAACUUCGACAUGUGGACCCCAAACGGCCCCAUCGUCAAGAUUUGUGUGGGAGAUGCAAAGGCAAACGCCUGUCGUGUGACAGCACGUUCAGCUUCAAAUAUAUCAUUUAAAUAAAGGAAUGUAAAA